AGGCACAUGAGCAGAGCCCUGCGAGGAGAACAUCCCCAGGUACACCCGCUGCCCGCUGCUGCAGAGAUGGUGCACGCAACCGCCUUCCUCCUGGUGCUCAGCCUGGCCGUGGUGGCUCCGGUCCUCUCCACAGGAAAGUGUGUGCUGGCCGGGAAUUGGACCAAUGACCUGGGUUCCAACAUGACCAUCAUCAUGAACAGCAAAUGUAACUUCAGUGGCUCCUACUCCACGGCUGUGUCAGAAACCCCAGAAAAAAUUGAGAAAUCACCGCUGCGGGGGUCCCAGAACUACAGAAACCUGACCCAGCCUGUGUUUGGCUUCACCGUCAACUGGACCUUUACAGACUCUGUCACUGUGUUCACGGGCCAGUGCUUUGUGGAUGAGACAGGAAAGGAGGUCUUGAAGACCAUGUGGCUCCUGCGGUCGCAUGCGGACAGCAUCAAGGAUGACUGGACAGCCACCAGGGUCGGCACUAAUGUCUUCACACGCCAGCCCUCGCAGAAAGAGUGAGGGAGGCAGCAUGGGG